AUGGUCCAACAGGGGUUCAAGGUGGUUACCUGCCAGCGGUUUUUCCCCUCACGAAAGGGGUCCCACUAUAUCUGGGUUCAAUGCCCUAACCAGCAGCCCAUGGAGCAACCCAGGCUCACCCCCACCCACCACAUCCAGACUGCAGUCGAUGAGGUGAUCCAAGCAUGGGAGCAGGCCCAGGCGCAGGCUAAGGCCCAGCAGACCGUCCAGGCCAGCGAGCUCACUGAUGCCAACCCGUGGCUGCGGAUGACGGGGUGGGCCAACUACCUCCAGGGUAACCAGGCAAAUGACCUGCUUGCCUGCGUGGCAGCCCCCGAGGAGGAACCCAGAGAUGCCACUGAGCAGCGCGUGCAGGUGAUCUGGGAUACCAUGGAGCAGGUCGCCCGUAAGAGCCAGCGGUCGGUCCAGCGAUGCGGCCAGGCCAUCCGGGUGGAAGCCGUCCGGUCUGAAAAGGGGCAGACCCCAUACCGGCUGCUGCUGGCAUACAUGAAUGAGGCUGCUAUCAAGAAGCAUGCCAGCCCCAAAUAUGGGAUGACCGCACGGCAGCGCAAGAAAUGGCGGCAGCUAUGGCAGCUGGCGGGCCAGGCCCCCCAGAGCAGCCCCGAUCCCAUGGAUACCGAGAUGGACGACCCGCAGCGGGGUGCGUGGGCCAUGACCAACAUGGAAAAGGCAUGCUUGGAGUUUUGUACUGAGUUACUGAACCAGCGCCAUCGCAGCCAUGAAUAUGAGAGUGUAUUAAUCAUCCAGACGUGGGAGAAGAAGGACCAGAGUGCUGAAUGGGUGUUAGCCAGCGCAGAUGAUACAUUAGGGGACAUUGAUGAGGGGUAUGACAGUGAUGACGCCAUCAUAACCUAA